UUUCAAACGUUAUGCGAUCUGCUGCAUAGAGGUUUAAAACUUAUGGUGUUCAAGAAACGGCGCCAUGUUGGAAAGCACAUGGCUUCGAAUCGCUGUUGUUUGCGUUUUUGCUUUUUAGGCUUAGUCAUCUUGUCUGUCUGUUCUGUUGCCUACAUAAUGACAAGAGGUAAGAAUUUGAAUAGCCAGCAGUUUAGUAUAGAGUUGCUGUUAUUGGACCAGGGGACAAGUCUUUUAAGAACUUGUUUACCGAACGGGGUCAAUAACCUAAGAGUAUUUUGCUAUGCUCAGUCAGAUCAUCGCCUUGACUCAGCGUUUGGUCAUUAAAUAUUUAUCGAAGCGUUCGUGGAAAGAUAAACAUUUUCCAGAAUGGCAUUCGCUUGGAAAAACCGAAGUUAGCUUACAAGCAACAAGGCCAUAAGGGAAGGGGAGGGAAUAGCUCAUUGUAGGGUCUGCCUCCUCCACAGGCUUACCCUAGAGCUCAGUGGGGAGCAGGGACUGGGGACGACAGAAAAAAACGCGAUCGCGAGCAACAGGGGACCAGUCAAAAAAGGCGAAAUCGUGAGAGAUAACAAGGCUGAACUAUCUUCACGGAUUCAUACGUAAUUCGUCGUAAGUGUAAAAUUUACAACACGUGGAGACAUUAAUUUCGGACUGGUGAAGUUGUUUAUGGGGUUGUCGCGAGAUUUAAUAUGACGGCAGCUAAUCAGUAGGUGAGAGAAUGCGAUAGAAGUUGAUUCGUCUUUCCUUUUUCAGGUUACUUUCUCCUCUAUGUUAAUCCAGGAGUCGAAAAAAUGGAUUACUACACUUUGAUUGACGAAAAACGAGAAGAACGAGAUGGUUUCGAGGAAAAAGACAUCAGCAAAACGACUUGUAAGCGAGACAAAUUUGAGGAUAUUUUAUUGGUGAUAGCCUUUGUGGAAUUGCUGCAUGAUUCUAUACCGUAUUUAGAAGAGCUUUAUAGAAAACAUUUUCCAAAUAUCAUUUACUGUUUCCCUGUCAAACCAACCGAAAACCUCGAACAUACAUUUCUCGUUGUUGAGAUGCUGCAUGGCGUUACUGCGUAUGAGUGCCUGAGUACUGCAAUGAGGACAAAACCAGGUUUUACAGGUUAUUUAUUCAUGAGGAAUGAUCUCUUUUUGAACAUUUGGAGCAUUGCGGAUUUCAACACAUCCAGAAUAUGGAAAAGCGCAGAUCAGCUUGGUAACCAAGUCAUGUUCCAGCAACCGCGUGGGUCCUGGAUCUGGUGGUAUACACCGUGGGGGCUAAAAGCUUGCGAGCAGGCUUUUAAGGAUGUUAUUUACUUAAAUGACGCGUAUAGACGUUCAAUAAUUGAUAACACGGUACAAGAAGAUUCUUGGGACGUGGAAAACUCGCUGAAUGCCUUAUUAUGGAAUGGCCGUGGCAUAAACAUGUGUUACCGCUGUUUUUCGAGUCUUUUCUACGUUCCUAAUGAGUAUGCCAGUGCGUUUGAGAAACUCUCAGUGGUUUUUCACAAGAACCAAGUUUACAUGGAUAUAGCGGUUCCAACCAUUAUACGAAUGCUUGACUUGAUCGAAAAAGCAGAAAUAUUGCCUGGACUUAAUUUAGGAUUACUGUACGGGGAGGAAAGAGCCCAAAAUGACGGACAACUGUUGUUGCGUCAUUUAACAACCAAUAUUAGUUAUAUCAGGCCUGUGGAGUUGAGACCUCAAUCUGAUCUUACGGAGCCAAGGACAGCUGGUUUAUUUGACAAGUUACUGGACCAUUUAAGGCGGUUUAACUAUAGUGGCUGUUCAAUAACAUAA